AUGAAUGAUUCAAAAUCAAAUUGUGAAGGCUCACAGAUCUUAUCAAAUUUUCACGGGAAAAUAGCUUGUGUGGUAUUCUUAUUUUCUGUUGUCAUAGUCACAGUGUUUGGGAACAUCAUGCUGGUAUUCAAAGUGGUAAGGAGAGCUGAUUUCCAGAGAAAAAUUAAUGUGUUUGUGAUUUCUCUGGCAGUUGCUGAUUGCUGUGUUGCUGUUUUAGUUAUGUCGCCCUCCAUUAUUCAAGAUUUAAUUGGUUAUUCCCUGUUACAAGGAAAAUUGUUUAGAGAGAUACUCUUUGCUCUUGAUUGUAUAUUUACAACGUCAUCAAUUCUACAUUUCACAUGUAUGAAUAUCGACAGAUUUGUAGCCGUGAGUGACCCACUGAAAUAUUACCAAAUAAUGACCACAAAGAUGGUGUCAAUUUUGAUAUCCCUAUGUUGGAUGUUAUCGUUCGCCAUUUCAGUGACCAUUGUUUUUCUAAAUGCAGAAUAUGUUGAAUGUGAAAAUAAGUUAAUUGUAGAAGGAAUGGCGUCAGUAAUAGGAGCCUUAAUUGCAUUUUACUUGCCACUUUUAUUAAACAUUGUUGCAAGUGUUAAAAUUUUCCUAAAAGUUCACAACAGAAAUGAAUUUUUGUGCAAUGCAACGGAAGAUAGAGGCAGUGCUCUUCAUCGUCAGCAACAUAAACUUGAGAUCAAGGUAUCCGGAACAAUACUGAUAUUACAGGGAAUAUUCUCAGUGUGUUCCACACCAUUUUUUGUGCUGCUCCUUCUGGUGAAUCUCUUUGGAAUAAAAGCACCUUACACUGCUUGGUUCGUGGUAGCAUGGCUGGGAUAUUCCAAUUCAACCAUAAAUCCGUAUUUGUAUUACUUCUUGAAUAAAAGAUUUAGGAAUACAGAUAAAUCUAGUUACACAAGACAUACUUGUAUACAAAUUGUCAAUAGAAUUUGA